CCUCAAAUAGACCAACACGCUUUCUAAACAUUUUACUGUAAGCGCUAUUUUUGCCCCGACUUCAAAAUCUCGAAUCGGAUUGAAUUAAACCACAAAUACAUUUAUGAAAUCCCCAAAUUUUUACCUGCUCUGUGAUGCUUUAAGGUUUUCUUCAACAUUCCAAUUGUUCUUCAUUUGAACAAGUUACAUGACUAAAUCAGACGUCACCUGCAUAAUCGUCCGAUAAAGAUAUAGGCCAAAGUUUUAACCUUCACGAGUAAUAUGAAGCAAAGAGAACCAACGACUAAGGUGCCUUACAAUUCGAAAAACGAGGUGGAUAUAAUCAGCAACUUACCAGGUCACAUCAUAGACAAAAUAUUGUCGCAUUUGUCACUACGAGACGCCGUUCGAUCAAGCAUUCUAUCGAACAAGUGGCGGUACAAAUGGGUCACCCUUCCUCAUCUCGUGUUCGAUAACCAAUCCGUACUAGUCUCCACCCAAGACCAAACCCUCGUGAAAAACAAACUAGUCAACAUAGUUGACCACGUCCUAUUACUCCACGCGGGCCCCAUACACAAGUUCAAGCUCUCCCAUCGGGACCUACAAGGUGUUAGCGAUAUAGAUAGAUGGGUUCUGUAUCUAUCGAGGGGUUCUGUAAAAGAAUUCAUACUAGAAAUAUGGAAAGGCCACCGAUACAAGCUUCACUCUUCGAUCUACUCGUACCAAAAAUUGGUCCAUUUGGAGCUUUUUAACUGUCUUUUGAAACCCCCAUCGAAUUUCAACGGGUUUAAGAGCUUGAAGAGUCUUGAUCUCCAGCAUAUCACGAUGGACCAAUCGGAGUUUGAGAAGAUUAUUGCCAGCUGUCCUUUGCUCGAGAGGUUGACUUUGAUGAACUUUGAAGGGUUUGGUCUUCUUAAUAUACGUGCGCCGAGUCUUCUCUUCUUCGAUGUGGGGGGCGUUUUUGAGGACGUGAGUUUUGUGGGUACAUUCAAUCUAGCUGUUGUGUCGAUUGGUUUGUAUGUUAAUAAUGGGAUUGAGAGGAAUCUUGGUUUUGGUACGGGGAAUCUCAUCAAGUUUUUCGCUUGUUUGCCGCAUAUUCAGAGGCUUGAGGUGCAGAGCUUUUUCUUGAAGUAUUUGGCUUGUGGAAUUAUACCUGGGAAGCUACCCACACCUUGUCUUGAUCUUAGUUAUCUUUCGAUACGGAUUAAUUUCAACGACAUGGAAGAGAAUAUGGCUGCUCUUUGCCUUCUCCGAAGUUCUCCAAACCUUCAAGAGCUUGAGCUUUUGGCUCGUACGGAGGAACAAAAUACUGCAUUUGGUGCUCCCAAUAUUGUGGAGAAUUUUCCGAGCUUUUCGUUUAGUCAGCUAAGGCUUAUUAAAAUUAUUGGAAUAUCCGGAAUAAAACAAGAACUGAACUUCAUCAACUUCUUGCUUUUGAAUACUCCGGUUCUUGAAAAGAUGACUGUUAAGCCCGCUUCGACGGAUAGUGGGUGGGAGUUGGUUAAGGAGUUGCUUCGAUUUCGACGAGCUUCCAUGUUUGCUGAGAUAGUUUAUCUGGACCCGUAAGUUUUUGUCGGAAAAUUUAAAGAAAUAGAAGUUAUGACACUGCAGUUUAUUUAUUUGGUUGAUGUCUUAAUGUUUUAUGAGCUUUUUGUUGAGAUGUUGAAAGAAUGGGUGUGGAUUCUCUUUUCUUUCACUUUAUGUAUUGGAGUUAUCUGAGCAUAUUAUUGCCUGGUGUAAAUUAUAAAUAACUAAUAAAGGUAUGCCUAAAUUACUGAAA